CGUUCACUCACCUUGAACCCGUGGUAUUAUAUCAUUAAGAACGAAAUAUUGAUUUCAUGUUAAACUAUUAUGAUAUGAUCUGAGGUCUUAUGAGUUGAUUCGUAUCUUAUAACAUUCUGUCGUAAAGACGUGCUUGUUAUGCGCUACUCGACAAGUAGCUUGAUGGAUAACCUCACUUACAACUUACACUUACACUUACCACUUACACCCCUACCCGUCUUAAGACUUUAGACACUUGAGCAGGUCAAUUACCAGCUAGACCAAUGAAGUAAUCUCAUAAUUCCACCACAGCCAUGCCUCCUAGACCUCCCCUUCGUCAAUUGACGAGGUUAUACACCCUAUCCUAUCAACUCCCCAAAUUCCAUCAUGGCCGCCUCCCUCCCCCGGCCCGGUCAAUAUCAACCACACCCGCUCCGCGCGUCAAGGCCCGAGUCCCCCUACACCGAAACACCUUCAUCAAAAUCCGCUUCACAGAAGCCGACGUCCCCAGCCUCCCCUUCUGGACCAAGCACACCAUCCCACCCUUCGUCCCCAACGGCGAAGUCUCUCCGACCCAAUGUCUCGAAGCAUGCAAACGCUACGUGCAUCUCGCCAUCGAGAACAAGCCAAACUGGCAGCAGCGCAACCUCUCCCCAACCGCCGCGUCCCCCACCACCCGCGACGGGACCAUCCCCUUCUUCACGCUGCACUACGCCGCCAUAACGCUCCUCCUCUUCGCCCAGACCCCCGGAAACCGGUUUUUGGCACUGCACAUCCUAACCACCGGCACGACAGCCGGCUACGCCCCCUCGGCGCUAACCCUAGCGCGCCUCGGCCACAAGACCAAUAAUCUAGAAAACCCGCAGUUCGCGCACGCAAAGGAAUCUCUAGCAAAGCUUCUCGCGAGCCCGGACCGCAGCAGCAGCAGCAGCGAGUACCGCCCCGACACGCUAACCCUAGCCGCCCUAGUCCAAAUCGCCACCAACACGCGCGCCGGCACCGACCGCGCAACGCAGCUCCUCGAGGACGCGAGCAAAGCGUACUCCGCGGCCGGCGAAAACGCAGUGUGGCACUGGCGCGCACGCGGCGUGCUAGCGCUAAGCCGCCUCUUGCUCGAGCGGAAGCAGACCGCGCGCGCGCGCGCUAUACUCUCCGCCGCCGUGAAGGAACUCGACGACCCGGAGAUAUGUUUCCAGUACGCGAUGCUGCUCCCGCGGUCGGACCCGCAGCGCCGUGUUCUGAUCCAGCGGGCGGCGGUGAGCGGGGUCGAAGAAGCGGCGCGCGAGAUGGCGAAGGAGACGCUUGAGAGUUUGGAGGAGGAAAAGGGGCUGAGUGCUUGGGAGAGGAAGGCUCGGGGGGUGAUUGCGGAUGAGUGGGCGGGGAUUGCAGGGGACAAGGCGAUUCUUUGAGUAUAUGCCUUAUGUACUUAACUCCCCUGCGAUGUUUGAUACCUAUACAUAUGUAUGCCUACCUACAUACCUAAGCAGUGUGAGGUGCAGACGCUUGAGAUUAAACAGGUGUUGUGGAAUAUAGGAAGGGGCACGGCUUGUACUAUACUUAUACUUACGUAGAGAAUACCACCCCUAUAUAUAAAAUAGGGGAGGGGGAAAG